AACAUCUCUUGCAAUCCUUUCUUGUUCCUCACGUGUACCUUUAUAUUGUGACAUGCACAAACAUUUUCUUCUAUUCCUUCCCUUUCAUUACACUCACUAAUCUCAUAAAAUUCUCUCCAUCUUUUUUUCCGAAGUAUCUUUUUUUUUUUAAAAAAAAAAAAACUUUUUCUUUCUAUUUUCCAGCUAUUAAAAAGCACUCUACAAAUCUCAUUAAUCAAGAAAAAGCCUCUUCAAAUGGCUUUUUCUUCAUCUUCAUACUCUGUUUUUCCCCUGUUUUUGUGUAUAAUUCUAACAUUUACCCUCCAUUUUAGACCAAAUUCUUCAGCUUUAUUAGUGAAAUUAAGACACCAUUAUAGAAAUCAUCACAGAUUACAAAACCCAGUUGUUCAAACUAAUCAAACUUAUUCAUGUAAUCUUUUUGUAGGAAGUUGGGUUUAUGAUAGUUCUUACCCUAUUUAUCAAUUUCAUAAAUGUCCCUUAAUUGACCCUGAAUUUAAUUGCAAAUUAUUUGGUCGACCUGAUUCUAAUUACCUCAAGUAUCGUUGGCAACCUGCUUCUUGUACCCUCCCUAGGUUUGAUGGGGUGGAAUUUUUGGAGCGGAUGAGAGGAAGAACAGUGAUGUUUGUAGGAGACUCAUUAGGUAGAAAUCAAUGGGAGUCUUUGAUUUGUAUGAUUUCAUCUACAUUGCCAAGAAGAUCUUCUCCUACUCAUAUUAUCAGAGGGGACCCACUCACCUCCUUCAAAUUCUUGGAAUAUGGCGUGACAAUAUCAUAUUAUAAAGCAACAUAUCUAGUGGACAUAGAUAUAGUUCAAGGCAAGAGAAUUCUAAAGCUUGAUGAAAUUUCAGGCAAUGGAAAUGCUUGGCUAGAUGUUGAUGUGCUCAUUUUUAACACUGGUCAUUGGUGGACUCACACAGGAUCUCUUCAAGGAUGGGAUUAUAUGGAAUCAGGAGGAAUGUUAUAUCAGGAUAUGGAUCGGUUGACAGCCUUAGAACAAGGCUUGACGACGUGGGCUAGAUGGGUUGACACCAAUGUGGAUACUACAAGGACCCGGGUUUUCUUUCAAUCCGUCUCUCCGACCCAUUACAACCCAACAGAAUUGAGCUCUGGAUCACUGGCAAUGACGAAAAACUGCUAUGGGGAGAAGUCUCCGGCUAAUGGAAUGGUGUAUGCCACUGACAGGUAUCCAGCAGAUGAUGCAGAUCAAAUGAGAGUGAUAGAUACAGUGCUUAGCGAAAUGAGCAUCCCUGUCUAUCUGCUUGACAUUACUAUGCUGUCAGCUAUGAGAAAGGAUGCUCACCCUUCCAUAUACAGCGGCGAUCUCACCCCACAACAAAGGGCUAACCCUCAAAGAUCUGCUGAUUGUAGCCACUGGUGUCUCCCUGGCUUGCCUGAUACUUGGAAUCAAAUAUUUUACACUGCACUGAUCUAUUAAUUCUAUUUUUUCCCCUGCUAAUAUUAGCACUAAUUUGUUUAUACAUUCGACAAUUAACCCAGAAAAGGGGAAUGAAAUUUAUAGUUUAGC